GCAAUUAUAUGAUUCUUUCGAUUUGAAAUAAAGUGAAUGCGAUUUUCUUGUACCACGACUGCAACUUCAACUACGCUUGUUGAUUCCGAAUCGUGGUAUUUUGGUUUUAUUCCAAAGGAACAAAUUAUUCUUAUGAAAUUAAAGUUUAAUUAUAGUUGAUAACAAUGAAUUCUGGUGCAGCGAAUCUAACCGUAAAAAUCCAUCCUGUAGUAUUAUUUUCUAUAAUUGAUUCAUAUGAGCGAAGAAAUGAUCUGCAACAUCGAGUUAUCGGCACACUACUUGGUAUUCAUGAAAAGGGAGCCGUAGAAGUCACCAAUUGCUUAUGUAUUCCUCACAAUGAGUCAGAAGAUGAGGUAGCUGUAGAUAUGGAAUUUGCUAAAGCAAUGUAUGAAUUACAUAAGAAGGUUAAUCCAAGUGAAGUGAUUGUUGGGUGGUAUGCCACUGGUGCAGAUGUGACUGGACAUUCCGUUCUAAUUCAUGAUUACUACAGCCGUGAAACAAAUAAUCCUGUUCAUUUAACAGUCGACACUUCUUUGUCAGAAGGCAGUGUUACCUGGAAAGCUUUUACAAGCACGUCUUUUGGGGUCCCUGGAAAGAAUACAGGAACUAUGUUUACUCCAUGUAAAGUAGAAAUUGUUGGCUAUGAACCUGAACUUGUGGGAAUGAAACUGGCCCAGCAAACUAAAUACAACAAACAGCGAAGUGCGGAAAUUUUACCUGAUUUGGAUUUAAUCAACAAUGCAAUUCUUGACAUGCUGAAACUAUCAGUUGUGGUGAUUGAAUAUGUUGAUGAUGUUUUAGCAAACAGAAAACCUGCUGAUAAUUCUGUGGGGCGUACUUUAAUGGAUAUUGUACAGAGUGUUCCACAAAUGACACCCGAGGAGUUCCAGGAAAUGUUAAAUUCCAACAUGAAGGACUUAUUGAUGGUCUUGUAUCUCUCUAAUCUCACCAGAAGUCAACUAGCAUUACAUGAAAAAAUAAGUUUUCUGUAAUAUAUUAAUAAAAACAGCUUGAAGCUAAUGUUUUGUUCAAUAUUUCAUACAAUAAAAGCACAAUAUAAACAAGUGA